CCUUAUUAAUAUUCACUUAUUUACCCCCUUUCCAGUCCCACUCACCACUCAGAUAUACACACACUCCAGACCGGAAAACAUUGUCGGUGAUUUCAUUUCAAGGUGUUACUCACAAGUUACUUUUAUGAGAGAAGUUUGUGAGUUUUGACAUUUAAAGCCAAGGUUUAUUUGUAAAGUGGGAUGCAUUGUUGUAAAUAGUGUUAAAUGGGUCAUAUCUCAUUAAAUAAGCAUGUUUUAUCUGCCUUGUGGCUCAGUUCAGGUUUAUAGGAUAAAAGUAAAUGGGUAAAUAUUUCAAAGUUGCCAUGCAGGGAAGUUACUAUGGAAAAUAUUUUCACUCACUCUGUCAGUGAAAAUAAGUUUUUAUAGUGUAUUUCAUCAUGUUUCAUACGAAUCUGACCUUCAUCCUCCUCCCCAAUUACCAACAAUAUUAGUUACACAAAGUGGGCAGGGGUUUGAAGUAGUGGGGAAUUGUGGGGUAAAAACUGCAAAAAUAAGACAAAAUGCAAACUGCUAACUAGAGAAACCGGUACGACCUCCCAGUGUGUAUAAAACGACUGACUGUCUGAAUCACACCUUGGACACAUAACUGAAGAAGAGAGAACAUCACACUAGCCCUGAAGAUGUCAACAGCUGCAGCUUCGUUCUCAGAAACCUUCACAGACAGACACCAUCUUCCAACUCCCCAUUUUAAAUAACAUAACUUGCACAUUCUCACAAGUCUCCCAUUGAUUGGCUCACAAGUAACAUGUGACAUCUAAACUUCCGCUGAUUGGCUGGGUAAUAAGUAAAUAAUGGAUUUCCUUACGAAUUGCUCAAAAACUAUAAAAUUCCAACUGAAACGUUAUAAUUUUACUUCUUGGCAAAAACAUAUAAAUUCCAUGUACAGUAUUUUAGGUAACAUUAUUAGUCCUGUUUUAUCACUUAAACUUUCCACCUUCCAUGAAUGAGGUAAAUGAAUGGUAACUAAUACUGUACUUGGCAAGAGUAAUCUGGCCUUAGUACCAAUUUGAGAAUAUUUACCCAUAGAAUGUAAAAGGUUUUAUGUACAAAAUCAGCUGAGGAAGAUAGCCAUGUAGAAUAAAAUACAUACACUAGAAAUUGUUUGUAGUAAUUUAGAUUUGAUAUAUUACUGUAGUUUUAUUUAUUUUAUGAAAGAAACAAUGAAAUGACAAACACCUGAUCAUAGAACGUAAACAUGGCAGACAGGCACAAAUUCAUAGCUAUAUAGGAAUCACUAUUUCUUAUACACUCUAUAGAUGAAUUUGUGCCCCAAACUAUUGUGAUUUAUGAAAAAGUUAUUUAUUCUUCAUCUGGUGUUUCAUCAAUCACCUUACAACCAUUUUUCCGCAAGUUAGCUGUGAUUACCUGAAACCAUUGUGUCUCAAUUGCAAUCAGAUUAAUUUUAAGCAAGUUUUACAGCUGGAUGCCUUUAUCACUUUUACACAAUGGUGAACUGGGCAUUACUGUAUAUGUUGGACUUUCAAGUACCCUCUUAGCGGGCAAGGCAGAGUUACUAUGCCCAGUUUGUACAGUAGCAUGAACAGAAGAUAAACUAUCAUUUAAUAUUUGAUGGUUUAUUUCUGCUAAAAUUAGACAAAACUCAUUGAUCAAAUUAUUAACUCACCUUAGGUACCGAAGACACAGGCAAUAGCAUAGGGAAAAAUCUAUAACUUUUCCCCAGUUUUUAGAUCACCAAACAUGUUGUUGGGACUCUGAGGAAAAAAGAGAAUAAUGGAGCCAAAUUAGGGGAAAAAAGUUAAAAGAAAAAGAGAUGUUUUAUAAGAUGAGGGAAGUUUCUGGGUUAUAUUCUAGUCCAGUACAGUAUCUUAGAGUUCAGUUUUAAUACAAGACCUAAAAGAUUAUACUGUGCUGAAGGUCUUAUGUUUUUCAUUUUCUCAGCACCACCUUAAUACACUUAUGGAUGAGUAAGUGUCUAGUGUAACAUUAUUUGGAUCACUUGAACAUUACCUCCCCUAGCUUAUUUAACCUUGUGAUUAAAUGCAUUAACACUACCUGGGGGAAGGUUAGGCUAAGGUGGUUAAUCUGUAGGGCGGGGGGUAGUCUUCAUGUGGUCCUUUUUAUUUAUUACUGCUUUUAUCCAGAUCUUGGUUAGGAACUCUUUUUAAUGGGGUUAAGUCGACCGGUGUCAUACCCUCUGUUCUUUUGUUUUCCCUGGUUGAUAAUACAUUAUAAACUCAUUGAAUAAAUAUAACCUUACCGAGAAAUAUCUCCCAACUGUUCUGGAGUCAUUCCGGGCCUUUAGUUGGGGUAAUAAGGGUUAAAGUGAAGGGUAAAUGUUUGUUUAUGUCUUAACCAUAACACACCUGAUUUAUUUAAAACCUUUACUGCUGUGGUUCCUUUAUCCUCUGUAGGCAACUGAGUGUUAGCAUGUGGAUUUCUCUCCUUUAUUGUAGUAUCUGUGUUAAUGUAGUUCUUGUGGUUUGUCUUAAUCUUUAAUAGUUAUUAAACAAAUUCAGUCCAAAAGAGUGUGUGUAGAAGCUUCAGUCAUUGCUGCGCAAGUAAAUGAUCUUUGUUUUUCCAUUACAGUGUGUGUAAUGAAUCAUACAACUUCUGUAGUCAACAAGCCAGGGUACACAGAACCUCUGACAUAUGUGACUGGGACUAAAUAUCUGAAAAUAUUAUGUCUUUUGAGUUAAAACCAUAGCCCCUAAAGUGAGGUACUUGUAGGAGACAUAUGCCAAUUAGGAAAAAAACGAGAGCCCUUGCCCACUGAACUAACACACGUUCUCCAUAACCCAAGUUUCCAUUGGUUACAAACUGCACUACACACCAGUCCCACUUUGUUCCAGUGUCCACAUCUUUCAUAGUAAAGUUCCUUUUAUACAUCAGCAGCUAAGUGUUUUAUCUGACCAUAUUUGGACAAUUAUCACAGGACUAACUGUCAUGAAAUCCUUGCCCUGUGAUAUAUGACCCACUCACUACUCUGGUGGAUGAGUGUUAGCAAGACCAGCACUACUUGGCAUCAUGUCUUGACUUCGUGGCACUUAGUUCAGUACUGUGUUUUACCAAAUGUAUCUAAGAUGCUGAGUUUCUAGGACUGGAAACUAUAUAUUGAAUUUCAUCAUUAUCUUUGCAGUCUGAGUGUGGAGUUUUUAUGGCUUAUAUCUCUAGUUAUGGUCAGAGCCAUUGUGCUCACACUGCUGGGUUGUUUACACCACCUUGCAGCAUCCUUGACAUGGCAUCUGUGAGCCUGUAAAGUAAUUUUGGGCUUUAAGUUGUUCCUUGUUAGGGGUGUAAGUUAUGCAUACUCGAGGAGCAUAUUGUCUCUGUCCCCUUUUCUGUACACAAAUCACACUAUCAUUUAUACUGUAUUAGUAAAGGAUUGAUUCUGAAUUCCCAUUUCAUAAACAAACAAAGAUCAGAUGAGUCAGAUGCCUCCCCCCCUCACUCCUCCAUUAGAGUGCUGAAGUGUGUUGGAACUGAGUAGGAAUGUUCAUGUUGUUUAGAAUGUAAAAUAACAACAAGAGUUUUAGAGCACGUGAGGCUUUUUAGGAGCUAUGGCUGUGUCAGAAUGGUAGUCUAUCUUUUAGAAUUUCUGAAAUUUAGUCCCAGUCCCUGGUUGUCAAACUGUAGACUACUGACUAUAUUUUUUUAUAUCAAAUGUUAAUGCAUUAAUUUAUUACUUUUAAUUACAUGACAAGAGCUUUUACUGUACUGUACUACCAAAGAGAGCUACUUAUAUACUGUAUACUCAAUUAGAGCUUUCAAAACCUCAGACCUCAUGGGAAUUAGUGAAAGUCAGGAAGUACUGUACUUCUUAAGACUGGCUGGGCUAGGGACCUUAGUGGCUCCCACACAAUUGCAAACAUGUCUACUUUUCUUCAACAAGCUUUUUGCCAAGUAGAAAACUUUAUUAUUAAGAUUUUGUUGUUGUUGAAUUUAUCAAAUUUAUUUUUCUUAUGUUUUUACAAGUCAACAAGUACCUGUGAAAAGUUUAGAAGGGUAACUAUGUCAGGUACUGAUUGAUAGGGAAAGCCUUGUCAUUUAAUAUGGUUUUACAGUAUACAGUAUAAGUAGCUCUCAACUUGGACAAACUACACAUUAUAACAGUCCAUACAACACUAUUCUGCUAAACUGUGUAAAAAAAUAUGAUAAACACAAGUAACAGUCAAAUUCUCUAUGACAGAAUGUUUUAAAAUGGAUCAUAAUCACUUGUUAGUGCUGAAAAUUAAACACUGGAGAAAUGCAGUCUGGAUCACCUGAAGAUUGUCCCCCCUCCCUCUAGCUUAUUUCACCUGAUGAUUAAAACUAACGCUACCUGGGGUGUUAAAUUAGGUUAACAUUAGGGUGGUGUAUCUCUAGGUGUAAUAAGCUGGGACCACUCUUCAGGUGUUCUUGUAGUUCAAAGUUAUACAUAAUUAACAAUAAACAGCUGUUCAAACUAGGUGCAGAAUUCUGUUUGAUGGAGGAAAUCACACAAGAGAGGGAAAGCUCAGUAGCCGGUCUGCUUCUCACGUUGGGUACACCAGCGGCCAUUAUCGGAGCUGUUCUGGCUGGAUUCCUUCUUGCCAAACUAAAGCCAGCAGCUCAGAAGAAACACAUCACUGAAGAAACGACAAACUCAGAGACAGCCAUGGUACGUGUACGCAGAUCUGCAUCAGAAAAUGAGUGUCCAAUAUGUAUGGAUCCAGCAAAAUUUGCUGUGGAAACCAACUGCGGCCACAUGUAUUGUGCUAGUUGCAUCAUCCAGAACUGGAAGACUAAUUUCAGCACAUCACCCAUGCCAUGUCCCUUCUGUCGUCAGGAGGUGACGCUACUACUGCCAUGUUUUUCCGAGGAUGAAACUAACACAGCAGAGUUAUCUGAGGUGGAGGAGAGGGAGAGCGUUAUGGUGGACGUGAGUCAGUACAACAGAAUGUACUCUGAACACCCGAGAUCUUUUUAUGGCCAGCUUCAGGAUCUGCCCACUAUUUUACGUCACAUCUGGGCAGAACUCUUCACUUGGCGAGGCGUUGAAAUGCUAUCGAGGUUCCGAGUCCUCUUCUGCAUUAUAACUGCCGUCCUGUACGCAAUAACACCCAUUGACCUUAUCCCCGAGGCCUUCUUGGGUCUUCUUGGACUUAUAGAUGAUGUUGUGGUCAUUGCUUUCCUAAUGAUACAAGUGAGUGUUGUGUACCGCACCGUGGUGGCCAAUAGGGACUGGUAGGUGUUGUAUUAUGCUGUGAAAUACUCAAAUGUAAAGCUUUAAUAUUCAUGUUUAGGCAUCAGAGCUUAGUAAGGGAUUAAGGUCAACUCCAGAGUCCUAUAUAUAUAUAGUAUAUAUGGGUCUUUUAAUUCGGGGAAUUUUGUAAUGACUACCUUUAAUGGUAAGAGAUUGAAUAUAUGAAAUAUACUUUAUUUUUAGAAAUCUGAGAUCGCCAAUUUUCCACUCCCGACCCAACUGUGUCUGAAGUGACGUACUCUGACACCUGGUCAAAACUCACUUGUUUUCUGAGGGGGAUUUAAAAUUUUCAACUGAAUUUUGAAAAAGUUAUGUAUUUCAUGAUAUUUUGUAGGUGUGACAACAUUUAAAUCAAACUCGAAACUUGUGGCCUCACCUAGACACAUAAAAGUAAAGAAUUAAAUAAAUGAACAUUAAACAACAUUUAUCUAGGCCACCACUUCUGUUUUGCUGUCGUGUGUUACAGCAUCAGCCACUCAGGUGAUGGCUGAUAUAAGAUGUGGGGAGUUUUUUAUUUUAAGUAUAGAAAGAUGGAUGAAAUAUUAAAAAAAAAAUUGGGGGACAUCACAUGAAGAACUUUCCCUCUGGAGUUUUCCUUUAAGAUAAUGAAGCUUUAAAGGUUUGCAUGACAUGAAAUUCUGAAGAUUAUACAAUUACUCUUCUGUGAUGAGUAAUAUAUGUAACAUUCAUUUCUUAAGUUUUAGGAACAAACUAAAUGCAUCAGUAAUGACAAGUGUAUAAGAAAUCCCUGGAUUCAUUUACAAUUAACAUCAGAUUGCAUAAAAAAUUUGACUGUUUGUGUGUGUGUGUGUGUGUUUUUGUUUGCAAGGUGACCAGAUUCAGAACUCAACAUGUACCGUUCAGAUAGACAAAACUUGUGUAAUAUAGUUCAGUGUAUUUGAUAUUAUACUGAGCUGUAGCAUGAACACUUAUGCAGUCAUUGAAGGUACAUUAAGAUUAAUUUCACUAACACUGACAAGAAAGGAUAUUUUUAAAGUACUAAAAUAAGAUGAGGAUUGACGGGCCAAAAUGAGAAUGCUGGUAUUCCUGCGUGUCUGUGAUAUAACUUGAGUGAUUUAAAACUUAUACAGGUAAUAUAUUUAAUUUAGACUGAGCAAAGACUCAUCCUUAGUUUGGACUUCCAAGAUAAAUCAUAUUAACAGUACUGUAUAAUAUAGUCUUAUUUAAUUAUUAUAUUUCUGAUCCUCUUUGUAACACAAGGUACAGUAACAAGUAACCAGAACAUGUACACAUUCUCCCUUCCUUAUGUGUCACUCUUUCAUUCUCACUGUUGUAAAAGAUGUGUUAUGCAAUGGUCCUCCCCUACCACAACAAUGCCCCAAAUCUGGUUUACCCUCAUUGCUUCAUGUCAGUCAGCUGUAUGUAAUAACCUGUUAUGCAGUUGAAUUUGUUAUGCCCCAUUUGUUUAAAGGAAGACAUUAUUAAGGUGUAAUGACUUUAAGGUUCAAAACAUCUCAUCAUUAGGUAUGAAUAUAAAAAAAUGAUAACAAUAUAUAGUUUUUCACUGCUUGCUUUUUGCUAUGUAAAAGAAAAAUGUAUACAGAAAAGUAGAUGAAAAUUGAAAUGUGUGGAUAGUUGUUUUUUGAAUUCCUCUAUUUCUGAGGCAUUGUUCUACAUGCACAACGAAUAGCAAACAUAUGCCAGUACUGUACUGUAUAUGUAGACAAUUUGAAAACAUUAUUAUUGGUACAUAAAGGAGGAGAAAGUAAGAGUACAGCCUUGAGAAGAGCUAUGUGAAAAUAGUGAGUUGUGUUCAAAGGAAUUCUAAAAGUUUGGAGAGGAUGAGCAGCAUUGAUGAUAUAUUGUAGUGUUUUGACUUAUGUGAUCACCAUAAAGAAUGAGUAUUAGUUAAUUUAUCUUUAUUGUUACAAAAUUAUAAUUGCUUAGGAAAACUUACUAUUUUUUAUUUUGAUCACCACUGUCGAGGCAUAGAUCAUUAACUUCUGCUCUCUAAGAUCAUGUAUAAUCCUUAGAGCCUUUGUCAUGUUAGUUGUUGUGAAUUUUUGUUAAGAACUGAAUCAUUUGUUAGUUUAAGCCCAGCCUAGAUUAUACCAUACAACCUCCUCCAUCCCUACCUGGUCUAGAAUAACAGAUAAAUGACCUGGAAUCCCUCCCUUGUUCCUUGAUGUGUUUCCUUAUCUUUAAGAAACUGACGAAUAAAACUGGCAUCCCAAGUUUAUGAUUCAGGAGUUUGAGUCAAAUGAACAAACUCCAGGGUUCAUUUUAGUCACCUUACUGGCUUUCAAAUCGACUAUUGGAUCAGUGUUGGAGACUGUCUCGUAAACCUGGGUUCAGUUUGGGAAGUGGACAUUUAUAAAGUACUUGUGUUACAAUGAUCUGAUAGGACAGUGUUCCUGCCCCCACAAUCCACAUAGUCAUCUGGACAAGACAAACUCUACCAUGAGGUGUUCUGGUGGUGGAAGCUUACAGAUCAUUUAUAUCUUCCUUCCUCUUACUUAAAAUAGGAUUUAUAUUUGUGACUAAUCAAAUGUUCAGGACAAAAGUGAAGAAGAAGGAAAAGGGGAAGAGUUUACUCAUAUAGUGAAUAGCUACAUCUAAAGUGUGUAGGUGUUGUAGCUGAAAGUUCUGCUCCUCUAAUGUCUGAACCUUCUUCUGAUUGUAACCAUCAUUCAGCACUGUAUUGAAGGGUUUGUGUCUUUAUAAAGUAUACUUUGAGUUCUUUAGCCAACAUGACAUCUUGAUCUGUUCAGAAAACUUUGCUUUAAGAAAUUCUUAAUCCUUGAUGGCAGAAAUACAAGGCUCAAAGGAUACAUAGCAAAAUUUGUCUUGGCGUAAUAACAAUAAGCUUACUGAUUAAAAUUAGUUAUUCUGCUUUCCCCUUUAAAUAAAGCCUCAGUGUGUUAUGUACCAUUAUAAACCACCGGGUUCAUUUAACAAUAGAUUGGUUGAGUACAUAGGGUUUUUUUUUUAUUUAAGAGUAAUUUAACCAGAGUAGUCAUCAGUAUUGCCCCACAUUUAAUAUCUGGUGUUGAUGUCUAAAAUCCUGCAGUGAGUACUUGAUUACAGGUGACCCUGGGGCCCAGUACAAGGCAAAACUAUGCAUUUGGUCAGAGUAAGUUAGUUAAGGUUUUGGAUGUGGGCUCAGGUAAGUCACUCCCCACCAGUACCUGCGGUAAGCUAGAUGUUACGUCUCAGCAAGUAAUAGCACUAAGUCUAACCCAUUUCCUGCCAUACAAUUCCAGUUCCUUAUAUCUAUGAAGCAAUAUGUAAUAUUUUCAAAUAGGCUUAAUGCACAAAUCUUCAUAGGUGCCUUGCAAAAUAUAGUUUUAUAGGGUCCUUAAGCCAACAGUAUCAGGUGCUCCUUGGAACUCAGCUAAGGCGGUCACCCAACCAUGUGCUUAACUUCAGUGAUCAGACUUUAAACUAAUUUCUCUAAAGAUUCUUUACAAAUUAAUCAAGGAAGACAAAAAUCUUUACUAAAUAAGGAUAAUGUUAAUACCUUAUCCCAUAAUCGUCCCCAUAAGUGGUGUAACCAAGAUGGAUGUUAACAAGUUCUGUCCUAUUGAGUCACAAGUUAUUAAUAUAUGUUUCUACAUGACUAUUCUUACCUAAAGCAUUUUCAAAUAAAGGAAUAGUGAUAAUAGCCUGUAAACAAGAGAGGAGGGGUGAGAGAGAAAAGGGUAAUUGGACAGCUGAUAAGUUUGUGACCAACUUAUGAAGGGUAAACAUCACAAAGCAAGGCCCAGUUGUACAUGAGAGUGAGUAUGUACAGUAAUGUUUUGUACCUUCUAUUUAUAAUGAUAUUUGUAAACUUAAUUUGGUUACCUCACUAAUAUUUUUAUUUAUGAAUUGACGUAUAAUACUCAACACUGAAAAAAGCCUCAUAAACAAAUUGCUAUUAUCACCGGGACUAAGUGAAGUAGAAUGCUCAAACAUUUAAGAGUUCUGUUGUCUAAUUUAGGCAUCAGAUACAUAUUGUCACAACUCAGUGCAGUUCACAAAUUAGUUAUAGUUAUUUUAAGUUUAGAAUUUGUAUAUCCACUACUUAAAAUGCAUUAAGGUAAAUUAUAAUACUGUACUGUAAUAUAGUGCAGUGUACAGGAGUAUUGAAUGGGUGAGAGGUGUGAGCUAUGGACUGGGUAAAGAGAGAUACAGUCAUAUAUUGUAGACAGGUGAGGAGGAUGCUGAUGGACUGGGUGGCAAAGAUGAUGACAGCUUACAUUGAAGGAGGUAAAUAUAUAGCAUACAUUAUGGGAGAGAAGGUAGGAAAGAGUGAUGGAAUCAGAGAUAACUAAAGAAAUAUGGUAUAGUACUGUAUAGUGGUAGGACCUGGUGGUGGCUCCCCUGUCUGGGUCACCACCUCAGAGGACCCCUCCAUAUAGAGGUGAGGGAGUGUGUAGGAGACAAGUUCUUAUAUAUCUGAGGAAACUUGCCAGAUACUAAUUAGAUUUCUCUCUAUAGUCCAGAUGCCAUUAGAUCACUUGCGAAAGCCUGGUUUAUUGUUUAUACGGUAAUUAGCCAAUUAACGAUGAUAUUUGCCACCUGUUCUAAAUACUCAGUGUGUAUGUGUGUGUUACUAGCAAUUCUUGCUUUAAUUAAUAAAUGGUAAAUCUGUAAAACAAAUAGAUGCAGAAUAUAUCACAGACCCAUUUUUUUAGGGAUCAGUGGUUAUUUUGCCAGAAUGCCAAUAGAUGAAUAUUGACCUUGAUAUUUGCCAAAUCCAUUUGUAAAAUCAUAAUAAAAUCAGUAAAAAAAAAUGUUUACAGCAUCAAAUAUAUUUAUAAAAAUGACACAGAAACAUAUACUGUAGCCUAAGGUUAUUUUGUGAGACGGGGACCGAGAACGUUCGCUACAAAAUUGCGACAUAACAAUACAUGUACAGUAAAGUUACUAGUAAUACAAUAUAUAAUAAGAGAUUAGAGACUGGAUGACCUAAAAUAUACCAAAGGUUAAAAGUUCCCCCCAUCCACAGUAACCCAGAUCAUUGUAAAUCAGGGACUGCCUAAACGUAUACAUCUGGCUAUAAAAAGCUUGUUAGUUGUCAUCACCCAACAAGCCCCAUACUGUGGUGGCUCAGUAAACAUCAACUAUUUUUUCCUCUAAAUUUCCUUAAUGGAUUUGGUGAAUACUAGUAAUGUGAACUGAAGAACAAGACUGAUACUGUAAUUAGGUCUUCUUAGUACAGGUGUGGGGGAGAGAUGUUAUUUUUAUACACAUGUUUGAUGUUGUGUACAGAAAUACUCUAUUGGUUAUUAUUGUAAUUAUGGGAUGAAUGAUUAUCUAACUAUAUCCAUCAGAAAUAUCUGCCAAAUUACUGUACUACUAACAAUAUUUUCUCUCUUACAAACCUCUUGCCAUACAGCACAGGUGAAUUAGAACUGAGAGCAACCCAGAUGCUUAUUUGGUUUAUAUUAUUCUAUUGAUCUGUGUUAUAUGAUGUGUUUUAUUAUGGAAUAACAGAUAUUAACAGUAAUUCAACUACCCUGAGAACCUGUAGAUAAUACACUACAGUUCCAUUGGUUAUAUGAUAGGAAUGUGACUUUUUCUGCUUUGUACAUGACUAGCCACAGUUAGUUAUUACCUUCAGCUUCAUCCCUCGGAAUGUAUUGAUGCAUUAUACAACCGGUUGAGCUGCCCAUGACUGUUUAUAUUUUGCCUCCCUUUGUACUUUUGUAAACUUGUGCCUUAUUAUGUGUUAUGUAAACUAAAUAACCAUGUUACUAUGUUUAUUUUAACUUAUGUGACUUAAUAAAUUAUUAGGCCCUA